AUGUUAUUAUCAUCAAUAUCAACACAAUCCAAAUCAGGAGAAUUUUUUAUUUUUGAAAAUAUUUUAACUAGUGAAGAAAAAAAAAUAAUAAAAGGUCUUCUAGUUAAUGCAAUAAGAUCAAAUAUUAAUAAAACAACAAAUGAUAGUUCAUGUGUAUCAUCAAUAGUCCCAUCAAAUCGAUUAUCAAUACAAAAUUCACAUUCAAAAGCUUCAAUAGUAAAUAAUGUUAAUACAAAACAAAAACAAAAUUAA